AUGUCUGAUACAGAGGAGAAUGUCGCUGACACCACAGCCGACAGUGAAGUGGCUGGUGAAGUCAUCAAUAUUCCUCGUCCUUCAGAUGAAGCAGAAGGGUCAGAUAUAACACCAGAGCAGGAAUAUGAAAUGGAGGAAUUGACCACCGAGAGCGAGGAGACAAUUGAGAGGCAAAGCGAACUCAGUGGUUCCACCCCAAAAUCCUAUGACUCCAAACCCAGGGAAGAGGUCAUAUCCCUUGGAAGUGCCACAGAAUCUCAGGACCAAGAUGACAAACUUCAAGAAUACCAGAGACCAGAAGAUGAUGAGUUGUCAUUUCUGCAUAAAAUAAAAGCUAUAAAGGAGACUUUGCAGACAUCAGUGAGAGAGUCUUUAGCAACAGUAAAAAUUGUACUCAUUCCUGCAGGCCAGGAAAUUAUAAUGCCUUUUAGAGUCGAUGCUCCAUUUAGAUUCCUCAAGGAACAUUUUGCACACCUAUUACGUAUCCCACAUUAUGUAUUGCAAAUAACACAUGCAGGAAUCAUUGUUGGGAACAACGAGUCUCUAAUACAAUACGGAAUUAAACCGCAAGAAAUUGUUCAAGUGGAGGUGUUUUCCACACAUCCCGACCAAUAUCCAGUCAAACGAAUCGAGGGCCUGAGCGAGGGCUCCCAGAUCAUAACGGUCACCAUACAGACCAGCAUCGACCGCUAUGAGGAGGUAGCGGUUGAGAUAAUCAAAUCUGACUUCCACAAGCCAUUUCUUGGUGGAUUUAGACAUAAAAUAACAGGGCUAGAGUAUCACAACGCUGGAACACAAACCGUACCUAAAAAGAUUCCCGAAAAAGACAAUCUGUUCUGUAGGGACACCCAGACAGUUUUUCAGAGAAAAAAGCUACAACAAACUACAAAUACAACCUCCACCCAGAUGACUAAAAUUGGUGUGUACGUAUCAAACAUGACUGAUAAACUGCUCAAGCCAGGAAAUUACUUUUCAGCAGCAGAGUACCACGCCCGAAGGUUGAAUGCGGUGAUAGUGAUACAGACGGCCUACAGGCGAUGGCAUGCUAAGCGCUAUGUAGACAGCUUAAGGGAACAAAAGAAAUUGAGGUUGGAGUGGGAAGAGGAGCAAGAACUCCUGAAGAUUCAAGAGAAGGAAGAAUGGAUACGUAUGGACUACUACCGGAGGCACAACCCUAAAACAACCGAAGACUUUGAGCUCCUCUACAAUGCUCUAGAACUUUGGCGGCAAGAAGAAGUUACACAAGUGGACCAAUAUUCAAGCGAAGCUGAAAGGAAGGCUGCUUUGUGUGAACUUCUGGAAAAAGAGACACAGAUAAUUGCUUCCAUUGGGAGGCAUAGAUAUGUGGCUCGUAUGGAGAAGCAGGAUGCAGCUAUACAAGCUUUUCUGGAUAAGUGUUCAGCUCCAAAUGUCUGGAGAAGACCUGAUGGCAAAACCAUUGAAAUGGAUACACAGUUCACAAUAAGGGCCAGAGAGCUGCAAAGCAUCUACAAGUGCAUCCUGCUGAAAGACCUGUCUCAAGAUGAGAGGCUGGAUAUACUCCUGACGCUUAAACACACUGUAAAGGAACAUGAGUGUAAACUGACCCAAGAAAUCCUAGAAUUGGUUGACCGAGAAGUUGACCUUAUGAUGAGGGGAGUCAAACCUCAGAAUCUCGAAGGACUCAGAAAGAGAAUCACGACACUCUUUAUUCACUACAUCAAAACGCCUCUGUUUAAUCCUGAAGUUGCAAGAUACCUUAAGGUCCCUCAAGACCCACUCAAGUUUUAUGAUACGAUUUACUUUUGCCACAGUUGCCAAAUGUACUUGCCUUCUGUAGAGUUUUCUGUCUCGCCCACCUCGCAUCGUGUGUACCGCUGCCGGCACUGCACAAACCUAGAGAAUGAGACUCAGAGGCGGGAAUCGUUUUUGAAGUACAAGUGUUUACUUCAGCGGCUCUACUACUCAGAGGCUAAUUAUGCCGAUGACUCCCAGAUUGCUUUUCUGAUGCAGCUCCAGGAUAUUAAAUACUUGACAGAGAACAUCUGGGCGUCCCAGUCGGCCCUCAGUGCCUGGGAUGACCUCAACGACCUGGUCAUGGUCAGGUGGGACAAACAUGUGGAGUGGUCUCCCUGGAACUGCAUUCUUCUCACCAAGGACGAAGGCAUAGCGCACCUCAAGCUGGAGAGCAUUGAAAAGGGGUAUGGACGCCUUUUUAUUCACAAGAUCAAGCACAAACAUAUCCUGGCUAAAAACUAUUUUUCACAGAUCCCAACCUUGGCUUCACUUAUUCUUAAGGAUGAUGAAGUAGAAGCUAUCAGGAGUAAAUACUCCACAGAUAGUCCACCUAAAAUCAUAAUACCCCGUGGGAUUGAACCUCAGUAGAUCCAAGAAUAUCAAUUUGAUGAUGAGCGGUUUUGUUCUCUACGAAGAAAGUAAUACAGAGGU